CAGUUUUCUAAUUACAUCCUCUUUGAAAAGGAGAAUCUGCAUCUAGACUUUAUUCCUGGACUGUUCAUUCAUGGCUCCUGUGCGGUCUAUUGUUUACUGCUACUAAUUCACUGAGAUAUUCCUCAGUCACUGCAGCCCCGGGAACAGAACUGUGCCAUAGAGCAGGGCAGAAAAUGGGUUUCCUGUCCUACAUGAAGUUUUGGGAGUUCAAAAAAAUUCCAGUUUCAUAGCAGGAUAAAACAGAGACUUUUUGAAAAUGUCCACAGCUAUCAGAGGAGUGGGCUUAGCCACCAGGAAACUAGGUGGCCUGGCCAAGCCCAAUGUGAUCAUCAGAAUGAAAGCGGAUGUGAUAACUAUCAGAACUGAAAGCACCUUCAAAAACACAGAGAUCUCCUUCAAAUUGGGCCAAGUGUUUGACGAAACCACAGCAGAUGACAGGAAAACCAAGAGUGUCGUAACCUUAGAAAAAGGGUCAUUGGUUCAAGUGCAGAAGUGGAAUGGCAAAGAGACCACAAUAAGGAGAAAAUUGGUGGAUGGGAAAAUGGUGGUGGAAUGUGAUAUGAAAGGUGUUGUCUGCACUCGAAUCUAUGAGAGAGUGUGAGGAAAUUCCAUCUCUACACUGGACUAGAACUGGCUCUGGAAACCCAGCUUAGUUCAACAAGCAAAGCCCUACCUAUUAUGCACCUUUUUUUCUUAUUUCCUUUAUCAGGAAAACAACUAAAUUAUCAAAUGAUAUUUCAAAGCUGUAGUGUAACUAAUCCAAAGUAUGGUGGUGAUUAAAUAAAAGCUUCCCGACAUGUGAAA